GCAUUUUUCCGAUUAUGGAAUGAUAUGGAAGUGACUGUUGAUGAUUUUCCCAAGGUAUCUGCAUUGGUACGAAGUCAAUUAAAAUUUGCUCUACGCGACGAAGCGACCAAACAACUUUAUGAAUUUGAAAAUGACAUGUUGAAAGUUGAAUAUAAAAUUAUUAGAGAUAGGCAAUUAGAAGAAUUAGAACUUGGUGAUGAUCUAUUAAGUAAAACACCUGUCAG